AUGAGCGACACCGACAUCCCGCGGGCGCACCGCCACCGCAGCGCACGAGGCGAAUCGUCCAGAAGAGACCGAGAGAGAACACGAGACAGAGAAAGAGACAGGGAGCGAACACGGGACAGGGACAGAGAAAGAGAUGGAGAAAGAGACAGGUCGCGAAAGCACGAGUCCCGGACGCGGAGAGGCGCCAGCAGCGCAGACGAAGGGAGGGCCGACAGACGCAGCAGGUCGCAGUCGCAGUCGCUGAGGCGAGAGCGGGAGCGCACGGCCGGACACGAGGAGAGGGAAAGAGAGCGAGCAGAGAGGCAUCAGAGGCGCGAAAGGGAGCGGGAGCGGCGACGGGAGCAGGAGCGGGAGCGCGAGCGCGAGAGAGAGCGGCACCCGGGGCCGGAGAGGGUAAGACCGAGCAAGCAGAAGAAGUCGAGGGUCGUCAGCGGCGCGGCGAUGGAGGAGGGGAGGACCAGGGGAUGGGGGUUCGGGUUCGGCCAUGCUCGCGAGGAUAGCUACGACAGCCUGAGAAAGGAGGAGCUGUACAGCCAGCCGGAGAAGAAGAAGACCAAGUGGUCCAAGAGAAAGAAGUGGAUCGUCGGAGGCAUCUGCGGCCUAAUCCUUCUCAUCAUCAUCAUUGUGGCCGCGGUGGUGGGUUCAAAGAAGAAGUCGGGCGGCAGCAACGAUAGUCCAUCGUCUUCCGCGAGCAAUAGCAAGGUGCCAACACAAUACAUCGGCACAUACCUGGACCCCUCGACCUGGGCGAGCACGACGGACUUCAACACGACCUUUACCAACGAGACGGUGGGCGGCCUGUCCGUCAUGGGUCUCUACUCGGAUUGGGACGACUCUGCCCAGGCAAACGACAAUGUGCCUCCGCUCAACAAACCCUGGGGCAACUACUCCAAGACGCCUGCCAGGGGUGUCAACCUAGGGGGGUGGCUCUCCAUUGAGCCCUUCAUCACGCCCUCUCUCUUCAACUACCCCCUGAGUGCCGGCAUCGUGGACGAGUGGACUCUAUGCGCCCAUCUCGGGGCCAAGGCCGCGGAGACGAUCGAGAACCACUACAACACGUUUGUCGACGAGAGCACGUUCAAGGACAUUGCCGACGCCGGACUGGACCACGUGCGAAUCCCCUUCUCCUACUGGGCCGUCAAAACGUACGACGGCGACCAGUACGUCGCCCACACCUCGUGGCGAUACCUCCUCCGCGGCAUCGAAUGGGCCAGGAAGUACGGGCUGCGAGUGAACCUGGACCUGCACGGCUUACCGGGGAGCCAGAACGGCUGGAACCACAGCGGUCGACAGGGCCAAAUCAACUGGCUCAACGGCACCGACGGGGACCUCAACGCGCAGCGGUCCCUGGACAUUCACAACAGCCUCUCGCAGUUCUUCUCCCAGAAGCGAUACCAGAACAUCAUCACGCACUACGGGCUGGCCAACGAGCCCAAGAUGGUGUAUCUGGACCACGCCAGGGUCAUCAACUGGACGGAGACGGCGUUCAACCUGGUGCGCAAGAACGGCUACAAGGGGCUGGUCAUCUUUGGCGACGGCUUCAUGGGCCUGAACAACUGGCAGGGCCUGAUGCAGGGCUACGACGGGCUGGUGCUGGACGUGCACCAGUACGUCAUCUUCAACGUCAACCAGAUCGACUUUACGCACCAGAAGAAGGUCGAGUACGCGUGCGCCGGGUGGACGCAGCAGGCGGAGCAGAGCCAGGACCCGAGCACGGGCUACGGACCGACGCAGUUCGCCGAGUGGUCGCAGGCCGACACGGACUGCGCGCAGUACGUGACCAACGUGGGCCAGGGCAGCCGGUGGGAGGGCACGCUCUCGGGCAACGCGAGCACGGCGGUCCUGUCGCCGGGCUGCCCGACCAAGAACAGCCAGUGCUCGUGCGCGCAGGCCAACGCGGACCCCAGCAAAUGGAGCGACGAGUACAAGAAGUUCCUGUCCAUGUUUGCCGAGGCGCAGAUGUACAGCUUCGAGAAGGGGCUCGGGUGGUGGUACUGGACGUGGAAGACGGAGAGCUCGCCGCAGUGGAGCUACCAGGCCGGCAUGCAGGCGGGCGUCUUGCCGAAGAAGGCGUACGACAGGGACUUUAACUGCGAUGUCGCGGUGCCCGACUUUUCGAAGGAGGGAUUACCGGAGUACUAUUAA